CGGAGUUGGAAACUGGAUGGAGCCGAUUGAAGUACACACUUUAGUUCUAUCAAGUGGAUUUUGACAGCGGAUCCCGGGUUUUUGCCUGAAGACUACGCCGUUUCCUACUGGAUCUUAUAACGUGACCACUGGGAGCAAACCUAUUAUCGACAAGAAACACAGCUGGCAUGCGCUAAUAUGGAAACCAAACCAUUCUUGUCUCUAGGACUCCUGAAAAACGCAUGUUCAGGAGUGCCGCAGUGUUUGCGGAGCCGGCUGGGCGAUGCUGGCAGUUCGCCCGAUGGCUGCUCUGGCUUAAUGGGUUCGUACCCACUACAACAGCACAGGAUAUGCACAGACUCCUCUGGUCAACUCUCAUCGUCGCCUCUCAGCUCAUCUACGGGUCAUCGGGGCGUCGGCAGUCACCAUCUUCACCCGGGGCUGCUUAGCCCCUCUGCCGUGAGCUCCAGCCCGGGUCAGCUACACUCACCCAUCAGCACCCUCAGUUCACCUAUCAACGGCCUGUCGUCGCCCUUUCCCGUCAUCAGCUCACCCAUGGGUCACCCUUCCAUGAGCAGCGGCCCGUCCUCCACCAGCAUGGCCUUCAGACCGAGCCUCAGUCCUCAGCUCAGCUCGCCCAUGAAUUCUGUCAGUUGUUCAGAGGACAUUAAACCCCCUUUGGGUCUGAACGGGGUGAUGAAGGUCCUAGCGCCGCCCACAGACACGUCCCUCUCCCUUACCAAACACAUCUGUGCCAUCUGUGGCGACCGCUCUUCAGGUAAACACUACGGUGUAUACAGCUGUGAAGGCUGUAAAGGGUUCUUCAAGAGAACAGUGAGGAAGGAUUUGACAUACACAUGUCGGGACAACAAGGACUGCGUGAUUGACAAGCGCCAACGCAACCGCUGUCAGUACUGCCGCUAUCAGAAGUGCUUAGCCACAGGCAUGAAGAGAGAAGCCGUUCAGGAGGAGCGGCAGCGGGGGAAGGAACGGAGCGAGGGCGAAUUCGGCAGCUGCGCCAAUGAGGACAUGCCCGUGGAGAAGAUUCUGGAAGCCGAACUGGCAGUGGAACCAAAGACUGAGACGUACGUGGAGGCCAACCUGAGCGCGCCUGCCAACUCCCCUAACGAUCCUGUAACUAACAUCUGUCAGGCAGCUGACAAGCAACUCUUUACCUUAGUGGAGUGGGCCAAGCGGAUACCUCACUUUUCUGACCUCCCAUUGGACGAUCAAGUCAUCCUUUUGCGAGCAGGAUGGAACGAACUCCUGAUAGCCUCUUUUUCUCAUCGUUCCAUAGCUGUGAAAGAUGGGAUAUUAUUAGCUACAGGCCUACACGUCCAUAGAAACAGCGCGCACACAGCCGGCGUCGGAGCUAUCUUCGACAGGGUGCUGACAGAGCUCGUGUCAAAGAUGAGAGACAUGCAGAUGGACAAGACUGAACUUGGAUGCCUGCGGGCCAUUGUUCUGUUUAACCCAGAUUCAAAAGGACUGUCCAAUCCAGCAGAGGUGGAGUCACUACGGGAGAGAGUCUAUGCUUCUUUAGAAUCCUACUGUAAACAAAAAUACCCCGAUCAACCUGGCAGAUUUGCAAAGCUGUUACUGCGUCUGCCUGCUCUGCGAUCCAUCGGCUUGAAGUGUCUGGAACAUCUCUUCUUCUUCAAGUUAAUCGGAGACACGCCCAUCGACACUUUUCUAAUGGAAAUGCUGGAAGCGCCACACCAAAUGACAUAAAGGGAAUGACUGUAUUCUUCUGACUGCUUUCCCAGAAGUCCUCUCUACAGCAUCGGCAGAGGGUGUAGUUUUAUGUACAGAACACUAGAAGAGCCCAGCACAGCGCACAUCUCAAUGUGGACUGCUUUGUCCGGACUGACAGACAUCAUCUCACAGUGCACAGUCUAUGAGAGGAUUGAACUGCUUGGUUGUGGAUGAAAAGCAUUGCACAAUCAACUAAAUCCCGUGCAAACUUGCAUUACGGAAUACCGUAUGGAUCACACGAGUUUGCAUAUACUUUGGGAAGCCUGAGAUUUUUUUGUUGAUGUUGAACAUAACAUUGCUUUUUUGCCUUACAGAGGUCUACCUCUGAUUUCCAUCGAGUUCGUACCAUACACGGCCAAACCGCCUCAUCUCCGAACUCGCAAUCAUUUUGCUGUGAAUUUUCUGUUUUCAUAAGGGGAUAUGAAAUUCCUCAAUACCUCAGAUGCACUUCUUCAAGCAGCUGUCCUAAAAAUGACAUCACUGUCCAGGUGUGCGUGCCGCUGGAUCGCUUCGCUUCGGAUUGUAGCAUUGAGUUCAGUGUUAACAGCGUGUCCGGAGCCCGUCGAUACGAGAUGUCCUGGCCCUGAGUAACUCCCAGGCACUUACAGAAAGUUUUUCAAAUGGUGUUGACAUAUCAGAUUGAUGGACGUCCGUCUUUAUGGGAAAGAAACUGCACGCUGUUUGGCUAGUUUUAAGUCCUUUUCUUUUAGGAAGACGAGUGAAUAAGAGAGAAUAAAAAGCAGGUGUGCUCCUGGAUAACUUUUAGUUUCAUGAUGUAUUGCCUCUCUACUUCAGCAUAUGUAUGAUUUCCAAAGAUUUUCAAUGUUGUUUAUCAUCUGAUAAUUCCAAGCAAUUGGGUGUUUGUGAUUUGAAAAUAUGCAAGGAGUUAAAGGUAUCCAGAUGAAAGUCUGGCCUCAGGGAAUCACAGGGUUUGGGAAGUGCUUUGACUGCCCCCUAUCGAAAGAGACGUAAAAUUGCAGCUGUUCUAAUUUUCUGUGAAUUUGAAACAUGAAAUUGGAGCUGGGUGUUUCUUAUCAAACAUUUUGCAAAUAACCCUUCUCCCUCAGGUUGAUAAAAAUGCAGAACCAUGUCUUUUUAUUGUAUUUUGGAUUUGUUGUGUCAUCAAAAGCAGUACAAGGUAAUGCAGAUUUCAUGCUAUUGGUAUUGAUGCAUCAAACCUCAGUUUAAGAUCUAAACCAGUGUUUUUAUAAUGGAAGGAGAUGAACAAAUUGAUUUUUUAAGGAAUUCUCUGGACCUACUGAUUGAGACAACACAUGCUGGCAAAUAAUGUAGACUUGAUUUACGCCAGGCCUCACAGCAGAACGACAAUACUUGUAUAAGAAAAUGUACACGCAGCAUAUAUGAUUGAUGUAUAUAAUUGGUAUAUACUCUUAAAGGGACAGUUCACCUAAAAAAGAAAAUUCUGUCAGCAUUUCUCACCCUCAAUUUGUUACAAAUCUGCAUGCAUUUCUUUGUUCUCCUGAGCGCGAAAGAUAUUUUAAGCAUGUUUGUAACCAAACCGUUUUUGAGCACCAUUGACUUCCAUAGUAUUUUUCUUUCCUACUAUGGAAGUCAAUGGUGCUCCUGCUUGUUUAUAAACAUCUUCUAUUGUGUUCAGCAAAACAAAGACAUUUAUACAGGUUUUUUAGCAGUUUGAGGAUAAAUGAUGACAGAAUUUGUAUUUUUGGGUGAACUAUGUCUUUAAAGAUAAAGGUGCUACACUGUAAAAAAACAAAAAAACUGUAGAAAUGACAGUAUUACGGGCAGUUCUUUACAAGAUAAAUGUAUGUUAUUAACUGGCAACAGUUUGUUCAAAGUUAAAUGAACAUGAAACAUUAACAAGGCUUUAUCUUUACAGAAUAAAACUAAAAUAACAGCUUCAUGCAAAGCAUUCGGGGAAACAAAAUCUAUAGGAAAAAAACUGUUGUUUUAAACAUAAAUUUAAAGGGACACUCCACUUUCUUUGAAAAUAUGCUAAUUUUCCAGCUCCCCUAGAGUUAAAUAUUUGAUUUUUACUGUUUUGGAAUUCAUUCGUCUGAUCUCCGGGUCCAGCGUUGUCACUUUUAGCAUAGCUUAGCAUAAUUCAUUGAAUCUGAUUAGACCAUUAGCAUCGCGCAAAAAAUAACCAAAAAGUUUCAAUAUUUUUCCUAUUUAAAACUCUUCUGUAGUGGCAUUGUGUAAUUAGACUGACUGAAAAUUAAAAGUUGCGAUUUUCUAGGCUGAUAUGGCUAGGACUGGCGUAAUAAUCAAGAACUUUGCUGCUGUAACAUGGCUGCAGGAGGCGCAAUGAUAUUAUGCAGCAGACGAAAAUAGUCCCAUUAGUAUCUUUCAAUAGCAGGGGACUAUUUUCGGGCGGGCACUGUGUAAUAUCAUUGCGCCUGCUGCAGUUAUCUUAUGGCAGCAAAGUCCUUGAUUAGUAAGCCGGAAUGAGAGUAUAGUUCCUAACCAUAUCUGACUAUAAAAUUGCAACUUUUAAUUUCUGUCGGUCUUAGCAGACGAUGUAACUACAGAAGGUUCAAGUUUUAAAUAGGAAAAAUAUCGAAACUCUUUGGUUAUUUUUUAGGCGUUUAAUGCUAA